AUGGGUGACCAACUUAGUGAUCCGGCGAAGAGCAUUCUCGAGGAGAUAUCUGCUAUAGUAGCAGAUAUAGAUAAUGAUCCCGAAGGUGAAAAGAAGAGGGCGAUACUCUCCAAGACAGACAGCGAGGUGGUAUAUGGGACAAGAUUGCUUGUACGCAAGGUUUCAGACUUACGGCAUCAGAUGGACUUCCCGGCGAACAGUACGAUUGCGGUGACGAAAUUCCUGAAGCCGACGGUUAUUCUGAAAAAAGUGACUCGAUAUCUUAUUAUUCUGUCGGAGAAAGCGUGCCUAAAUCCCGGAGGCGAGAUAUGUUAUGGCAACUAUACUAUUACCCACGAUGAGAUUGAGGUUGACCCGGGUGCAAUUAUUAUAUUUAUUACCCCUACACAAGGGUGA